ACGCAUGUUUGAAAUGGUACCUCGAGAUGGCGACAUUACCAGUGCACCAACGGGUUGAUUACGCAGCAACACUCUUACGUGGCGAAGCAGAAACUUGACAUUGAACUCUUUAACAAUGAAUUCAAACGUCUACGCGUCUCAUCUGCUUGUGGUAUUGGCGCAGCAUUGCAAGAACCUGCGAACAAAUGGAGCCAUACUUGCUCACAAUAGAGUCAUUGAUCAUCAACGCGGCCAUCAUCACAUAGUUGCAAUGGAUUGGAUUGGUAAUAGUGGAUAUCUAUAUAUGUUGGCAAACGUGGAUGGUAUCUAUUUUGCAAAAAAAAUCAGCGUCAUGCGGCUGCCCCAAUCCCUAAACGACAUUUCCUCCUUCAAGCCCACCUUACAAGCAUUUUUCCGAUAUCAGCGCUUUAUGACACAACUUGGUCAAAAGUCAUUGAGCAUGAUGCAUGCGCGGGAAAACAUGGAAAGUCUCUGUGGUGUUAUCGAUUUACAAUCUGAAGCCAGUCCCGCACCACCCAAACACCCUAUUUUCUUCACCCCUCAGAACCAUCGGACCAAGCGUACCAAAAUUCAGCACCGUUGAAGUUGUUGCCACCCAUAUUUCUCCAUACCUUUAAAUACCAAUGAAUACAAAAGUCCUGUAUGAGUAAAGAAACACAUAAUGAUAUCUGAUGAGCACACAGGAUUUUAUGUGGUGAUGAUUAUAAACCCUUUUAAGUUACAGCUCCUGAACCAUAUAGUGUCAUACUGUAAACAAUUAUCUAUAUCGUAGCAAGAAAUGGAGCUACGUGUAAAGCCACUUUUGUGAACUGUUAUUUCAAGUAAAUUAUUAGCUUAGAGAUAGCGAAAGAAAACGAUUAUGUAUUGCUUCAUACGCAGAAAACAAG